AUGGAGUGCCUGUCACCAAUUGCCUACUAUGGAGCUGCUGCUGCUACGUCAAGCUUGUCUUCGUCUUCAUGGUCGCUUGCCCCAGUAGAGGAGAGCUCCCAGAGGAUCACCGGAGGGUACGUGUCUGAUGGCCUCGUGGUCAGGGUUCAGGACAGGAAGAAAGGCGUUCCAUGGACCGAGGAAGAGCACCGGAUGUUCCUUGCCGGCCUAGACAAGCUCGGGAAGGGCGACUGGCGAGGCAUUUCCCGACACUUUGUCACGACACGGACACCGACGCAGGUGGCCAGCCAUGCCCAGAAGUACUUCCUGAGGCAGAACAGCCUCACACAAAAGAAGCGGAGGUCCAGCCUCUUUGAUGCGGUUGAAGGUGCCAAGACGGCAGCAAUCCGCAGGACAGCAUCAGUAUCCGAGCUGCAAUUCCCCAGCCUGUCGCCGGUGGCCGUCGACGCAAGGACGAAGGGAGCUGCGCUGCUGCCGCCUCCAUGCCUGAACUUGAUGAUGAGCACCGCAUCACAGUGUGUUGGUAGUAGUGAUGCACCACAGUCACAGAAGCCAUCUUCCCUCUACCUGAUGGCAAAGCCUCAGGCGCAACUCCAGAUGCCUGAUCUGGAGCUGAAGUUGUCGAUAUCCCGGUUAUCCGAACAGCCUGGUGGUGCCUCCCGGGGAACGCCUCUUUUCAGAACUAUCAGAGUUACCUGA